AUGAGUAUCGUGAUGAGCGAGGUGAACAUGACGACAAGCGGGUGGUGUGCAACACGAUGUGCAGAUGGUGGAAGCGAGUCGGUACGGAUCAGAUAUGAGGAAUUCGAGGAGUACUGUCAGGCGUAUUUGAAGAGACGAGAUGAGGACAUGGUGGAGGGUGAAGCGGGGCGGGAUUUGUCGUGGCUGGCGUAUUCGGGUGGGUGGAGAUGGACGGGUGCGGUUAUGGCGAAUGGGACGAGAUAUGAUUGUACAGCGGGAAUGGAACGACGGUUUGGUGUGGUUGUUGAUACCAAGCGGUUGAUGGGGAUGGAUGGAGCGACUCUAGCGGACAGCGUCGUGGAGGACGAUGGUGAUGAAGCGCUGGAUCGAGCAGAUUGCUCGCAGACAGUCGUGCUUCAUCAGUCCAUCUUGUACUCUGCUACUUGGAAAGUUCCGGUCUUGUGGUUCAGCGCACACACUCGAGCUGGCGAACCACUGGGUGCCUCGGACCUGCUCAACUUGCGCAUCAUUCAUCACUCUGGCUCUCUCGACUCAUCCCACCCAUUCCUGCACCACGACACUCACUCACGCCCUCGCACCAACAUGCAUGAUUCUCUCACAAUUCAUGAUCCACCUGCUCCCAUCUCGCUCGACCACUCGCCCUUUCCUCCUCUAUCCAUCUCGGACCAUCCACGUACUUCACUCCCAAGCUUCUUCCUACAUCCCUGCAACACCCACACCGCCCUACACCUCUUGCUGUCAACCCCCCCCUCUUGUCAGCCUGACCCCAGCACGUCUCAGUGUCCAUCCAGAUACAUGUGCGCCUUCGUUUCCCUUUGCGCUUCAGCUGUCGAGAUGCGUGCAUCAUAA